CGCAACAAUCCCUCAAAGGAACCUAAAGACAACCGAAGAAGAUGCACAAAUUGUGGAUUUAUGUUGUGAUAUUUCUUUUGUCCAAGGAGGGGUUUCUAACUGAAGGAACUACUAACUCAAAUAUCACUGUGAACACAACUACUUCACCUCUAAAAGUUUAUGUUAACAGAAAGGAAGUCUUCAAUCUUGGGAGCGAUGCUAGACUCAUCUGCAACAACAGGACUCAGACUAAGGCAAUUUUUGUUAUCUGGGACAUUAAACUGAAACACAAAGCCUGUAACAUCUCCUUUAGCAAUGAGGAUCAAAACAUUAACACCUGCGAUGAUGGAAAAUCAAUACAAAACUCAACCGAUCAGUGGUUCCUGCACAUCCCAAACUUUUCAGCCAGUGAUGUUGGAGCUUACAGGUGUGAAUCAACUUACACAGGAGGAAAUGAAAAUUAUAAGAUUGUAGUGGGUGUCACAGCUCCUCCUGCUGUAUCUGGCUGGUUAGAGCGAAGGGACAAGAAGAUUGUGGCUGUGUGCAGAGCUGAAAAAGGGAAUCCUGCUGCCAACAUCAGCUGGAGUAUCAGAUUAUAUCACUCAGUGACACAGCAGAAUGACCCAGAUGGAUUUGUAACUGUAGAGAGUCAGUUGGAGAUCCCUCAACACAUUGAUGCAAAAUACUUGACCUGCCAUAUCCGGCACCAGUUUUGGGAGCAGGAGAAGAUUCUAAUGCCCAAAUUCAGAGAGUUUCCGCAGUGGAUACGUAUUGUUGUGGUUUUCAUCAUAAUUAUUUUAGGAUUAUUGAUUUUUGCUCUAAAAAAACGGAGAUGUCUGCAGUGAUUCAUAAAUCAAUUCAUCACCAGGAACCAUGACACGGCAGCCAUUUUUGUGCUAGAAGGUGUCACUUUUUGUGUUAAUAACUGUGUAAAUUUGUUGGUCAGAAGGAGCAAACUGUGUUCGCGCCAUUGUUUUGAUUCAUGUUGGAUGAUAUUGGAUACGAAGAGAAUCUGUGGAACAGAAAAUAAAAUCAGUGGAGAGCAAUGGAUGUUCAUGGUGACAGAAUUGGCCAAACUGGAGUUUUUGGUCUUUAUCACAAGUUCUCAUUCAUAACAGCCUCGUCACAUCAUACAUGUCCAUCAAGAAAAUCUUUGACUUUAAGUAUAGGCUCAACCUCUUCACCUGUUUUCUACAUUAAUUAUAAAAAAUGAUUUAUUUGACGAAGGGCAAUGCUGUUUUCUCCCCCUGCUGCUCUUUGUGUCAAUUACAGCCAUUGCAGUUCAUAUGCAUGUUAUUAACUCUUUGCUGUGUCAAUAUCUGUGAUGAUAUUUUCAUCUGUUUACAUUCCAGUGCAACAUAUUUUGUUUUGUUUUUUUUAGAAUUCUCGUUAGUCAAUUGGUAUACAAAGCAAUGACUAAAAUGUGUCACUCUAACUGUGGAUAACCCUCAUCAUCAGUUUGGGAAUGUAGUUUAUAAUUUUUUAGCCUUGAAACAGAGUAGCAAGAAAAAGUAAGUAAUCCAAGAAAUAAUUUCUCUUCCUGUUCCAGCCAGGAAGAUCUGUCAGCCACAAAUUAAUAUGGUUUUUUUUUGUUUGUUUUUGUUUUUUUCUUCUACUUGAAGUUAAUUUUUAGCUUUUAUAUCAUGUUAAAGCAUCUAAUUAGAGCAUAGAGAUUUUCAGUUUGUUUUUUUCAAUUACCUUUAAGCUAAUUUCUCUUUGGCGAUUUCAUUAUUCAAUGAUAUGGUCAAUAAUUAAAGCUUAUUGUAUUAAAACAAAUGAUUCCAACCUUUUUUACAACAUUAUUGUGCAAAAAUGACAAAUAUCUAGGGAAAAAAUAUUCUUUUUAAUCAGUUAACCAAAAGGAUGUGUUAAAUGAAAAUGACCAAAAGGGGGCAGUGUAGCUGCAGGGAUUGUUUUUAUUUUUACCUUUGAGUUCAUCAAGUCUUUAAUAGACUAUAACUUUAAGUUUUACACAGUUUUUGCUGGCAGCAAAUUAUUAUCCUAUAGCUUGUUGAUAAAUGUGCUGCAUUUUAUUUGUUUUAUCUGAAACAAUUUGUCACAUGACUGCGUUAUUACUGAAAUCAGCUAAUUUAGAAACAUGUCCUAAAACUGAAUGUAUCACUAUGUUAGUGUCAUAACAAUUUCAUCAUACACAGUUUUUCCUGGCAUCUCAAGUUCUCAAAUAUGUCAGCUAAAAAGAUCACAGUAUGAUCUUUUUUGUUGUUGUAAAAUAGGAAUAAUAAAAAUGAUGUCAGAAGGCAAAGACGCCUGACACAAAGGAAGAAGCAGCUCGAGACUUGUGAUUUUUUCUGUAACAUUGAAACGCAUUAAAAGUCCGUCCUAUUUUACUAUCUCCAAAAUGUUGUAUUAUUUGGAGCAGGAUUUUCACAGAGGUCUUGGUAUUCUUGU